AUGAACGGGCUCUCGGUCAGCCAGCUCUGCUGCCUCUUCUGCUGCCCCCCCUGCCCCAGCCGCAUCGCGGCCAAGCUGGCCUUCCUGCCCCCGGAGCCCACGUACGCCAUGGUGCCCGAGCCCGAGCCCGCCGGCAGCGCCAGCACCGGCUCGCUGCGCGCGGGCGCCGCCGCCCGCUGGAAGCUGCACCUCACGGAGCGCGCGGACUUCCAGUACACGCAGCGCGAGCUCGACAACAUCGAGGUGUUCGUCACCAAGAGCGCCCGGGGGAACCGCGUGGGCUGCAUGUACGUCCGCUGCGCGCCCGGCGCCAGGUUCACGGUGCUCUUCUCGCACGGCAACGCCGUGGACCUGGGCCAGAUGAGCAGCUUCUACAUCGGCCUGGGCACGCGCAUCAACUGCAACAUCUUCUCCUACGACUACUCGGGCUACGGCGUGAGCACGGGCCGGCCCUCCGAGAAGAACCUCUACUCGGACAUCGACGCCGCCUGGCAGGCGCUGCGCACGCGAUACGGGAUCAGCCCGGAGAACAUCAUUUUGUACGGCCAGAGCAUCGGCACGGUGCCCACGGUGGACCUGGCCUCGCGCUAYGAGUGCGCGGCCAUCGUGCUCCACUCCCCGCUCACCUCUGGCAUGAGAGUCGCCUUCCCCGAGACCAAGAAGACCUACUGCUUCGAUGCCUUCCCCAACAUCGAGAAGAUCUCCAAGAUCACCUCGCCCGUCCUCAUCAUCCACGGCACGGAGGACGAAGUCAUCGACUUCUCGCACGGCCUGGCGCUCUUCGAGCGCUGCCCCAAGGCCGUGGAGCCGCUCUGGGUGGACGGGGCCGGCCACAAUGACAUUGAACUCUACAGCCAGUACCUCGAGCGCCUUCGCAAGUUCAUCUCGCAGGAGCUGCCCAGCCAGCGCAACUGAGCCCCGCGCAGCGGCCCCGCCAGGGGCGGCAAGGGG